AAAAAAAAACCAUCUUUCAAUCAACCAAUACUUCAAACAAAUUACAUAUUAAUACCUAAUACAUUUAAUUGAUAUUUCAUACCCUUAAUAUCGUACUAAAUAUCACAUAAUAUUCAAAAUGCUCGCCUCAAUCAUCACACCUCUUACCUUCCUCGCCCUCGCCGGUGCUACUCCAGUGCCUCGGGCUACCCAACAACUCUCCAGAUCUAAAGGUUUCCACCUCAAGGCAGAGCUCCGAGACCAGACCAAGGAUUUAGAACCUUCCGUUGCGGGCACUUACCUUUCCGGCAUCCACGUCGGCGCUGGUCAGAAUAUCGCGGUUGUAUCUACGAGCAACCCUGACACUUCCACGCCUUACUACAGCAACGGCACAGAAGCACAGGGCUGGGUUGACGUUCUGAACGACUUGGGGACUGACUUCCCGUGGGGCUUCAUCGUACAAGACUCGGAAAGCACCGAUGCUACCUACCCUGGCGAGCACGACGCGAGCAUCAAUGUGGGCGGCGGCAGCAACGGACUUACGAUUGAGAAGUCCGGAGACUCGGUGGCGCUCAGUGGUCUCGCACCCGGCUACUACGCCAUAUGCGACCGAUUCAUCGGCUACGUGCGCGCAAACAUUCAAGUCGUGCGGUACGUGUAUGAGGGCGAGACUCUGCCGGAGAACUGCGCCCCUGUCAACUUCGUGCCCCAGUGCGCGACUCUGAACGACCUCCCCGCCACCUCGGAAUGGACCCACGACUUCGUCCAGGAGGUCGACUGCGCUGUCCGCUCUGCUUAAGAGGUUUAUGAUAAGGGACUGCUAGGGAUAUUGGAGAAGAGAAGUGCGGGAAAAAUAUAGGAGUCGAAAACAUCUGUAUUGGGAUUUGAUACUACUAAUAAUCUAAUAGAAUGAGGCAUAAAGUAGGAAAGCACACGCUAUGCUAACAGUCGCAGUCAUGCCAAUAGGGCACGUUGGCUUAUUUAAAUAUCGAGAGGUAUCCCUUCGAUACAAUAAACACCGUUAAGCAUCA